UUUCCGUUCAGUUAUAUACUGGGCAUAGACUUGCGAAAAAGCAAUACCACGUUUAUCUUCGCUAUUUCAAAAAGUUGAAAAAUUGUUCGAAAACAAAUAAAAAAAAGCAGCAAUCACAAAAACAACAAAAAUGGAUAAGGAUUACACGGAACUAUGCAGUGAACGCACGAUUUUUUCGGAGCAACAAGGAUUUUUUGGUGAAAUGUUUGAUGUUGUGAAAAAUUGUUGCACGGAAAAGUGGUUAAACACAAAAUUUGAAGCAUUACCAACCGAUGAUGAAAAAUUUCGUUUGUUAUUUGACGAACCGAAUGUGAGUGAUAUGUUGCUGGGCACAUUGGAGCACGUAGCAUCAGUUUAUCGGAAAAAAGAUUGUUCGUUCUCCUAUCAAAGACGUAAAGAAGGCGAAAGAUUACAUCAGAAAAAUGACUUGGAUAAUGCAUUAACACUUUUGACAUUUGCCGUACUCCGUGCUCCAGCCAAAGGUGUUGACAUACGAUACGAUGCUGGAUUAUCGCUAGCAUUGGCAUUGUGGUCUCGAUCUGCUGUUUUACUUGACCUAAAUCGCGGAAGUGAUGCAUUAGUCGACAUACAGAGCGCUAUUGAUAAUGGGUUGGAUGAUGUGAAAAAGCAGCUUGAAUACUAUGUGCGUCUAGCUAGGGCAAAUGCGAUGAUCGGAAACGAGGGUAAAACGAAAAUUUGUUUGAAUCUGGUGAAAAAUUUCUGUGGCGCCGGAUCACACUAUGACGCAAUCGAACAUCAAAUUAAGCAAAUCAAACCCAGUCCGACGAUUGAAAAAAUCGAAGUACCACGUCUCAGUGACGGAGAACAUGCAACGCUGAAAUAUACAACAAACAAACUUGAAAUCCGAUCGGCGCCAGAGUGUGGAAAUUUUGCAGUUGCCAGCAAACCGAUGAAAACCGGUGAAGCGAUAGUUGUUGAAAAGCCGAUUGCGGCAUGUUUGUUGCCAAAAUAUUUUGGGUCUCACUGUUUGCACUGUUUGAGACGAAUCGAGGUGGCUUAUGGCUGUCCAAAUUGUGCGGGCGUUGCAUUUUGCUCGAUUGAUUGCCAAAAGAAAGCUUGCUCCACAUAUCAUGCAUAUGAAUGUAAAUUUAUGGACAUGAUGAUUGGUUCGGGAAUGUCGAUUUUAUGUUUCAUUGCACUUCGCAUGAUAACGCAGCAUGCUUCAGUUCAAGUGGCCAUUGAGAAAGGUCGCCAGGUUACACAACUACUGUGCACCCAUUCCAACCAACGUAAAGCAACCGAUUAUUUGCAACGAACAGUGAUGUCGGCAUUUCUAUUGCGAGUCAUGCAAAAGAGCGGCUUCUUUGGACGUCGCACUUCGGAAUCGGCAUAUCCGAACAGUGAACCGGAAUUUGAAAUUGGUGGAAUCCUGAUUGGUUUACUGCAGGCAUUACAAUUUAAUGCACAUGAAAUUUACGAAACGAAAGCAUUCGGAAGUCAACAAAAUGUCGGUGGGAAAAAGACGAUUUACGUCGGUGCAGCUAUUUAUAAUUCAGCGGUUUAUUUCAACCACAGUUGUUAUCCGGAUGUUAUACGACAUUUUGUCGGUACAUCGAUUGUACUCAGUGCAUCGCAUCCAAUGCAACCAGGUGAAACGAUUUCGGAAAAUUAUGGACCCAUUUUUACAAGGCAAACGUUAGCCGUGCGUCAGAGAAAUUUAAAAUCACGCUAUUGGUUCCAGUGCGCGUGCAUUGCUUGCAAAGAAAAUUGGCCAAUUCUGGACAAAAUCACAAAUAAAGCACGGUUGCGAUGCCAAAACUCGGAGUGUACUCACUUGUUUAAUUAUCCCGAACGAGCGAAGAAGAGUGUCAAGUGUCCACAGUGCAAGGGUAUGACCAAUUUGGAAGUGCAGAUUGCCACUCUCGCCACUGCUGAAGACCUGUACCGAACCGCUGCCGAGCACAUGGAUAGAGAACAGCUCAAAGAAGCGGCCAAGUUAUUCUUUGAUGGCAUCAAUAUGUUUUACUCGGUCGCAACACCGCCACAUCGUGACACUCACAUUGCACAAGACUCGUUGCGAGUUUGUCUAUCGAAUAUUGGUCACAUUUAAAAGUAUAUACAUAGUAUUUUUGUAGCUAGAAAUUGGAAUAGGGUGGAAUAAAUACAAUGGCAGGCAAAAA